AUAAUUUGAGGAAAGGAUGAAAUUAGCCCAAUCAUUUUCUUCUACGGAAUCUGGGGAAUCUAAAAAUGUUCAAUCUUGCUAUGCACACAAUUACUAGCUGACAACUCUUUUCACUUAACCCAAACCAAAUCCUCAGAACUCUCAUCAAACCAUGCCGGUUUUCAAAACCCCAUUCAACGGUUACUCCGUCAAGUUCAGUCCAUUCUACGAAAAUCGCAUCGCCGUCGCCACCGCCCAAAACUUCGGCAUCCUCGGCAACGGCCGUCUCCACGUCCUCGAACUCUCCUCAAAUCCCUCUCUCCCAAUCACCGAACUCAUCGCCUACGACACCGCCGAUGGAGUCUACGACGUCACCUGGUCUGAAUCUCACGAUUCCGUCGUAGUCGCCGCCGUAGCUGAUGGCUCCGUCAAACUCUAUGACCUCGCUCUUCCCCCAACUUCAAACCCUAUCCGGUCCUUCCACGAACAUACCCGCGAAGUUCACUCUGCGGACUACAACCCCGUCCGCCGUGACUCCUUCCUCUCCGCCUCAUGGGAUGAUACUGUCAAGCUAUGGACUGUCGAUCGUCCUACCUCCGUUCGUACCUUCAAAGAGCACGCUUACUGUGUUUACUCCGCCGUUUGGAACCCUCGUCACGCUGAUGUUUUUGCUUCCGCUUCCGGUGAUUGUACUCUCCGAAUCUGGGACGUUCGUGAGCCAGGUUCCACUAUGAUCCUCCCCGCACACGAUCACGAGAUUCUUUCAUGUGAUUGGAAUAAGUAUGAUGAAUGUAUUAUUGCUACUGCAUCUGUUGAUAAAUCGAUUAAGGUUUGGGAUGUUAGGAGUUUUAGGGUUCCGAUUUCGGUGCUUAAUGGGCAUAGUUAUGCUGUUAGAAAGGUGAAAUUUUCUCCGCACGUCCGGAAUUUGAUGGUGUCGUGUUCUUAUGAUAUGUCUGUUUGUGUUUGGGAUUUCAUGGUGGAGGAUGCUUUGGUGAGUAGAUAUGAUCAUCAUACUGAGUUUGCGGUUGGGGUUGAUAUGAGUGUUCUUGUUGAAGGGCUUAUUGCUAGUACUGGUUGGGAUGAACUUGCUUAUGUUUGGCAGCAUGGAACUGAUCCCAGGGCAUCUUAAAAGGGAAGGGUUUGAACUUUGAUUUCUCAAGGGUCUGAACUCUGGGAAAAUGCAGCUUGUUUAUUAUCAUACCCAUCUUUUCAUUGUAGUAAAGGUGAUCCAAGUAAUAAACAAACAGGUGAAAGCAAACCUUUUCAGGUUUUUCCCAAUUAAGAAACAUGAAUAUGUUAGAUGACUGAAGGAAGACAAUAUUUCAGGGCUUUUAAAUCUUAAACUUGAGAUAUCAUUAUUCAGUUCAUUUUGAGUAGUUCUAUGCAACUUGUGUUAUUUGAACAUCAAAUGCAGACACUUUUAUAUGACUCUGGAUUUAUCUCUAUCUCUCACUUUGUAUUUUCCACAACUUAUAUGAGUAAUACAUAGGCUUACACUGGCAACGGUUGUUACAUUUA